AUGACAUUGCUAGCGCUCAAAGAAGAUCGGCCAACACCUUCGGCCGUGUACAACUGGCGUGUUUACGCAUGUGCCGCUAUAGCAUCGUUUGCAUCAUGCAUGAUUGGCUACGACUCGGCCUUUAUUGGCACAACGUUGGCUCUUCCGUCCUUUGUUGAUGAGUUCAACUUUGCCAGUUAUUCGCCGUCGUCACUGGCGUUACUGAAGCAAAAUAUCGUUUCAGUUUACCAAGCUGGCGCCUUUUUUGGUAGUUUGGGUGCCUAUGUAUCCAGCUAUUUCAUGGGACGCCGCAAGUCGCUGGCCUUGUUUACUCUCAUCUUCAUUGUUGGUGCAGGCAUGAUGCUGGGAGCAAAUGGGGAUCGCGGUACUGGGCUCAUCAUUGGGGGCCGAGUUCUCGCCGGUGUUGGAGUUGGCGGCUGCUCCAACAUGACGCCAAUUUACAUCUCAGAGCUAUCCCCGCCAGCAGUUCGAGGCCGACUGGUCGGUAUUUACGAGCUUGGUUGGCAAAUAGGCGGUCUCGUCGGCUUCUGGAUUAACUACGGAGUCAACACCACGAUGGCGCCGAGCCACUCGCAAUGGUUGAUCCCAUUUGCAGUGCAACUUAUCCCGGCAGGUCUGCUCUUGAUUGGCUGCUGUUUUAUCCCCGAGUCGCCCAGAUGGUUAUUCUCCAAAGGGAAGCGGGAGCAAGCCAUGAAGGUGCUGUGCUGGAUGCGACAACUACAGCCAAGUGAUAUCUAUAUAAUCGAGGAAGUCAGCUACAUUGAUGAAGAGACGGAGCGAUUCCGUCGUGAAGUUGGUGCUGGGUUCUGGAAACCGUUCCUGGCUCUGAAGGAGAGACGAAUCCAGUGGAGAUUUCUUCUUGGUGCUUUGCUCUUCGUGUUCCAAAAUGGCUCUGGUAUCAACGCCAUCAACUACUACAGUCCAACAGUGUUCCGUAGCAUUGGUGUCACGGGAACAAAUACAAGCUUUCUCACUACUGGUAUCUUUGGCGUGGUCAAGACAGCGCUGACAAUCGUAUGGAUUCUGGUGCUCAUUGACCACAUGGGACGACGCAAUUUGCUUAUGAUUGGCGCAUUGGGCGGAUCGCUUUGCAUGUGGUUCAUCGGCGGAUACAUCAAGAUUGCGGGAACCAGCUCCAAGAGUUCCAAUGGAAAUUUGAGCUCUGGUGGCAUCGCAGCAAUUUUCUUCUUCUACCUCUGGACAGCGUUUUACACGCCUUCAUGGAACGGGACGCCGUGGGUCAUCAACUCGGAAAUGUUUGACCAAAACACACGAUCUCUUGGACAGGCUAACGCAGCAGCCAACAAUUGGUUCUGGAACUUUAUCAUUGCCAGGUUCACGGAACAAAUGUUCAAUGCAUGGGGCUACGGCGUGUACUUUUUCUUCGCAUCGCUUAUGCUCAUCUCGGUUGUGUUUGUCUUCUUCUGCGUACCAGAGACUAAGUCACUUCCGCUGGAAGCAAUGGACCGACUUUUCCGAAUCAAGCCUACUUGGCGCGCAAAUGCAAUUUUGAUGGAGGAGCUGCGGUCAGAGGAGGAGAACUUUCGUCAGAAUGCGGAUGGCGUAGGCUUGGAGGUGGAGAAAGUUGAGACGGAACAAAUUGAAUCGAACAGCAGUUCUGUUCAGAAAGUGUGA